GACGGGAAGUGGGCGGUUCUUCUUCGGAACAGGGACGGAAUGCUGUUCGCAAACAUUUACCUAACCUGUUUAAAGUGAAUGCUAGCCGUUAGCUUUGAAUAUAAACGCUUUAAUGUGAAACAGACUGUAACAGGGGACACAGGUGAACACAGGUGAGCACAGACAGGUGAGUUUUCACUGGAAGGUUCUUACUGCGGAAAUAACAUGGCGUUAGCAGGCUCGGGCUAACGGUAGAGCUAACGUGAUAAACAGUCGGAUGUAAGCCACAUUCGGCUAACUCACUGAGAUCAGACCAGGAGAGACGCUAUAAAACAUCGAAUUAUUGUUAUAAACUAUAUUAUUUACCGCUUUAAAACAUCUGAUGAUUAAGAUUAUCUAAUAUAAACUGCUGCAACACAGUCUGUUUAUAUGAUAAUCUAUAGUACGCUGCUAUAAUACUGAGAGAACAAACUCUAUGAACAUAAAAUAAUCUACGAUAGAGACUAAUAUAAUCCAGUCUGUUUAUUCAAUAAUUUAUGAUAGAAUCUGAAGUAAUCCAGUCUGUUUAUUCAAUAAUUUAUGAUGCAAUCGACUAUAACCCAGUCUGCUCAUAAUUUAUAAUAAACUAUAAUAUAAUCUGCUAUUACAUAGUCUUUUAAAUGUUAUAAUACGGACUGUUACAAUCCAAUCUGUUUAUGUAAUAGUCUGUUCUAAUCUGCUUAAAUCCAUUCUCUUAAUAUUUAUAAUCUAUUUUUAAUAAUCUAGUAUAUUUUAAUAAUCCAAAAUACAAUCUGUUGUAAUCUGGUCUACUAUCUGCAAAGGGGCCUGUGUUUGUAUAACCACUUGUAAUUCAGUCUCUGCAGUGAAAUCUUGUGAUGUCAGGUAUUCUCUUGGUAUGAUGUGAUUUUGUUAAAGUUUGACGUCUCCUGUCCUCCUCUGUAGGUUCUCUGAUCUUCGUCAUCGUCACCAUCAUCACCAUGAAGACAGUCAUAGAGAUGCUGUUGUUGGCUUCUCUGAUGCUAACAUCAAAUGCUGGUCAGUAACAUCAACCUUUAACUAAAAAGUCACACCUUUGAAUGUUUCUAUACAUGCGUCCUACAGUACGAUCUAUACACACACACACACACACACACACACACACACACUAACAUGAACACAAGUGAAUAUUUGCAUCAUGCUGUUCUCACCUGCUGUUGUUUGUUCUUACCUGUUAUAACACAUUGAAACCUGCUCACAGCUGUAGUGGCACAUUUGAAUUUGUUCUUACCUUUUAUAACACUUGUGACCCAUCAUAGCAUGCUUAAACCUGUUCUUACCGGUUAUAACAUGUUUGAACCUGUUCUUACCAAUUAUAACACAUUUGAACCUGUUCUUACCGGUUAUAGCACGUUGGAACCUGUUCUUACCAAUUAUAACACAUAUGAACCUGUUCUUACCGGUUAUAGCACGUUGGAACCUGUUCCUACCAAUUAUAACAUGCUUUGAUCUGUUCUUACCGGUUAUAACACAUUUGAACCUGUUUUUACAGGUUUUAACACGUUUGAACUUGUUCUAACCAGUUUUGACACGUUUGAACCUGUUCUUACAGGUUACGACACAUUUGAACCUGUUCUGACCAGAUACAACAUGCUUAAACUCAUUCUUACAGGUUACGACACAUUUGAACCUGUUCUAACCAGUUAUAACACGUUUGAACCUGUUCUGACCAGCUAUUACACAUUACCGCAACCUGCACUGUCUACCCUGGUUUCAGACACAUUGGUAAUAUAAUUCACAGAGUGUCUUUGUUGUUCUCAUGGUUUCUGAGUUAACUGCUUAAAGAAUAAAGGGAACACUUAAAUCCCUAUUUUCUAGAUCCGGAUGAAUGAAAUUGUUAUAUGAGGAUAAAUCUUCAUUCAUCAUAUAGUGUUAUUCAUUUGGAACAAUACAACAUUAGAACCAUCGAUGGAAACUGAACUUUUUAACCCACUGACGACUGGAUUCAGACUCAACCUCAAAAUCAAAGAGGAAAAUUAAAUCAUAGGCUGAUCCAGCUUAAGUGAAUUUCCUUAAGACAACUCAGAAUGUGGUUCAGUAGUGUGUACGGACUCCACAUCUCUGUAUGCUCUCCCUACAACAUCUGGGAGUGCUCUUGAUGAGACGUUGGAUAGUCUCCUGGGGAAUCUCCUCCCAGACCUGGAUCAGGGCAUCAGACAGCCCCAGGACUGUCUGUGGUGGUGGCGUAAGGAAUAGUACAUGAUGACCCAGAGGUACUGGAUUGGAUUCAGGUAUGGGGAACGGGUAGGUCAGCCAAUUGCGUCAAUGCUUUCAUUAUCCAGGAAGGGAUCUCAUCCUGAUACCUAACAGCUGUCAGGGUCCCACUGGCUAGCACAUGUUGGUCCGCUUCUCCAGACCACCACUAACCCACCUCCAAACCUGUCAUACUGGAGAAUGUUUCAGGCAGCAGAACAUUCACUACAGCACCUCCAGAAUCUCUCACGUCUGUCACAUGUGCUUGGUGUGAACCUGCUCUCAUCUGUGAAGAGAACAGGAAGCCAAUGACAAAACUACCACUUCUCACUGCUCCCACUUGUAGAUGUGGGGCCCUACUGCCACUCUCAUGAAGUUUGUUUCUGACAGGUUGGUUAGAAACAAACCCACAAGUGUCCUGCUGGAGUUCAUUUUGUAGGGUGGUUAUAUUUGUUUCUCCUUAAAUAAAGGAGCAGGUAGUGGUCCUGCUUGGUUGUUGCCCUCCUACGGCCCCAUCCCCUUCUCUCAUAGUGCUUCCUAACUGUUCCCUUUAAUUCUAUAUUUAUAUUAAUAUUUUCCAUGUUUUUCUUGAUGUGUGUCCAAGCAGACAGGCAGAACCACCUGCUGACCUUCCCUCAGUCUCCAGUGGUGGAAGUAGGGUCAAACUUCACGGCUACCUGUGUAAUCAUCAACACAACGGAAGUGGUGGCAGACGACCUUUACUGGAACCUGUCAGAGACUACAUUACCCAGAGAGUACUACACCAAGAUCAACAGCUCCGCCCUCAGUGUGACCUUCACUGUCACCUCAGAGAAAUCGGAGUGGCUCUACUGUCGGUGCUCAAAAAAGUCUCUUAAAGUUUUCUUCAAUGACGGACGCUACAUACACGGCAUCUACCUUCUCAAAGGAUGUACGUUCUUAUUUCAUCUGCUCCUAUAAUUUGUCACAGCAUGUAACACUGCAGUUUAUUAAUGUCUAACACGAAACCCAAGCCGUAACAGAACAUAAAUAUCAUUAACAGAGAGUUGAAAAAGUCGCUGUACCUGUCGACUCUGACCUAUUGCAGAAACACUGAGCUAUGCAUGUUUAGCUGAUUUGAAUAUGAACUGAUACAGAAGAUAAACUUGUGUGUGUGUUUGUUUGUCUGUGUGUGUGCGCAGAUGCUGUGCAGCAGCCUGUGAACCUGUCCUGUGUGGCUGUUCAGAUAGGCAGGUACAUCUCAGAAUCAAUCCGCUGUUACUGGAACUACACAGGACGCCAGACGGCAGAUGUUCCUACAAAUUUCAUCGUCAAUGUUAAAAGUGCAACGUAAGUGUAUACACACACACAAUGACACAUACACCGUCACACCUACAGUAUGUUACUGUGAUAGACGAGGAUACAAAACAGUUAGAUGAUUGAAUAAUCACAGUGUGUCCCCUUUGUUCAGGUUGUAUCAUAAUGUUAAUCUCAUUCACUCUUAGUAAUCUUGAUUGAUCUUUGAAGGGGGGGUGUUAUGCAUUUUUUUCAGACUCCACAUUUCCUUUCUCAGACCUCUUUAAUAGCUUAACAUGAUUUUCAGAUCAAAAAAGCUUCAAAGUUCUCACAGUGAUGUAUUCAGUGUCCGUCUGAAACGCUUCGUUUUAGCUGCUGUCUCUUUAAGGCCCCCCUUCACAAGCCCACUUUCUUUUGUUUGGCCACCUCUCUGGGGACUUUCCAGAAACUGGCUGAGGGCAGAGCUCGAUGUUUUGGCCCCGCUCUUUCUAUUGGGGUUGAUCAGUUGGGCGGCAGAGUGCGUUACCCCCAUAGACAUCAUAUAUGUAUAAAUUUGUGUAUAUUAUGUCUAUGGUUACCCUGCUAUGCUGUGGGUGUCACCUCACACGCUCUUGGAGGCAGGCCAUUCCGCUUUGUCAGAAGCUCAGAUGAACCAGUAAGGAGAGCUUAUAAUUCUUACGUCAGAAUUUUAGUUGAUCUCGCACAUGAACUACCGUCUCGUAUUUGUCCGAGAUUUAAGCAGUGAACACCAAACUCGCAUUUUUUUGCAUUUGCAUUUUUUAUUUAAAAUGUGGAAAAGCAUAAUACGCCCCCCCCCCCCCCCCCCUAAAGCUGCAGGUAGAGCUCUCAGGUGUGAUGAAGCUUUUGUUAGUAAAUUAAUAAAUCUUUAUUUAAAAACAAAUGUUAUCUCAUGAUGUGAACAAAAUAGCUGGUCGAGACUAUACUCUUCAUGUUGACCCGAUGUAAAGCUGGGAUAGGACUGAGUCCCAUCUUGUAAGAUCAGACCCACUCUGAUCCACCUUCACCCGAACAAGUUUAGUUCUUUAGAGGAAAAACCUCCUUUAACAGGCAGAAAGCAGAACCAGGCAGAACCAGUCUUGUGUUAGACAGUCAUCUGCUGAGAUUGUGCUGGGAUUAGAGAGAGGAUAUAGACAAACUACAACAACAAUAGUACAUACAGAUGUGUGUCAGAGAUAAUUUAGCAAAUAUGUACUGUUUACAGGAACUGCUGGUAAUGACACUAGACUGAACUUAGUUUGAUUUAUGAAAAAUUAAUAAACCUGUUACUCUAUGUGUGUGUGUGUUCGUCCUCAGCAGUCAAGAGAAUCAUACCUCCACCCAUGAAACCACAGCUGAGGUGGUUCUGGGACCAUUCCCACAUUACUUUACCAUGGAGGUGUGGGUGGUGGCCGAGAAUAGGCUGGGGAGCGUGGAGUCAGAACACCUGAGAGAGGACGCUAGCUGGUUCGGUGAGUUCACACUGACACACCUGAGAUGUGAAACCCUACAGGUACUUACCCUCUCUGAGACCUGAGUACAGCUCAGAGCUGGACCUGCAAGAAGAGGAUGAAGAUGAUGAUGAUGAUGGUGUUUAAGAUAAGGAUGAUGAUGGUGUUAGUGAUAGAAACGAUGAUGGUCUUAAUGAUGGUAAUGAUGAGGAUGGUGACAAUGGUGAUGAAGAUUAGCUUUGUUUGUUUCAUUGUUGUUUUCCAGUGAAGACCAAUCCUCCAUCAGACGUGUGGGUGAUCUCUGAGCCGGGUUUUCACUCCUCUCUGCUGCUGAACUGGACCCACCCCAUCAACCCCCUUUACGUCAGGUUGAUCUACCAGAUCAGAUACGCACCGGAGGGAGCACACACCUGGACCUAUGUCAGUUCAACAAAUGUUACCGUCUGUAUUUUAACUCAUUAGAACUUAAGAUGUAUUUAAAUGUAUUUUAAUCAUCACAAAUUGUUUCAAUUUGUUUUUAAUAAUGUGUCUUAUGUUGGUGAUGUCCGUCAGGUGCCAGAGGUAGACACGUCCCGGGACAUACAGUCCUUCAGACUGCAGAACCUGAAGCCUGACACACUGUACGUCGCCCAGGUGAGCUGUAAGAACGCUCGACCUGGACAUGGGUACUGGAGCGACUGGAGCAACAACGCCACAGAGAGGACACCAGAGGCCCGUGAGUCUACCUUGAUCACUCUGGGGACAGAGAAAACUCAUAGAUUACUGAACUGGUGUUACAGACAAAAUUUCAAUAUAUCUUUCUUAGUAUUUACUUCAUAGAGUUGAUGUAAAUUCAUUGUGACAUACACUGUAUAUAAGGCAGUUAAUAUAUUGUGUUUGCUGUGUCUGUGUGACAGGACCAGAAGGAAAACCUGAUUUAUGGAGGUUCAUCUCAGAGAGUGAAAACACAGAGAGACAAGUUCAGAUUGUCUGCAAGGUAAAUCACCCAAGGAUACUCCUGAGAAUAAACAUGAAAAUACACCUAGAUAACCCCUGAAAAUACUCAUGAAACUGAUACUACACCUGAUACUACACCUGUUCAGACUGAUACUGUUACAGCACAGCUUGGAGUUUACCACCCUGAUAACAUGUGGCACUGUAACAUUUAGUGACAUGUAACACUGAUAACGUACCUGUCUAAAUCAAAUCAAGCAGCUGUCCAAACAGCAGUUGAGACACCUGCUCAUGUGCCCUGAGUGUUGGCUGACAGGUAACACAGAUGUGUUUGUGACAGGAGCCUGUUCGCUCUAACGGGAGGAUCAUCAGGUACGACGUGAAGAUUCAGGUGCACAGCGUGACUGAAGGCAUCAGAUCUUUGGAGAACGUGUCUGUGAGCACAAAUGUGCCCUGGAGGAGUGUCACAGUCCUGAGACAGGUCCCCGUAGGUGAUCAUCAGUCUGUCAGAGCGUCCGUCUCUGCUGUGAACUCAGUUGGACGGUCAGCCGAUGCGUUUCUGUUCAUCUCUGGGAGAGAAAGAGGUAAGCACAUCACUCUGAAGGUCAUACAGGAAGUCACAUGAUCAGAAAGCGACCCUCAGUCAGUUCUGAUCCAUCUCACCUGGGUCACAUUUGAAAACCCAGGCUGUGUGUUGCUGUAAGUCAGAAACGUUGUUAAUGUGUAUGUUGAUGCAGAGCGCCCCCCGGUGGAGGAUCUAAUGGCAUGGCCUCAGGACGGCCGUCUGAUGGUUAAGUGGAGGCCCCCCACCGGCCAAGAGAGGUCAGAGGUCGUGGUGGAGUGGAGCGGAGAGGGACAGAGAGACUGGCAGAAAGAAAGGGGGAACAUCUCACAGACAUACAUCAAAGGUAGACACAUCUGUUUACACACAUUACAGAUACACAGGUGUGUGUAAAAUGUAUAAAACAUUGAAUUCAACCCUGUAAACAUGAAAACAACAUCUGUAUUACACUCAGAGUUGAACCUGGGAUAAAGUUUACCUGUAUUCAGUUGACAUCAGACUGAAAGACCCUAUAUAUGUGAAUAUAUGUAACUGUGUCUGUGCCUCUGUCUGUGUGUGUAUGUGUGUUUGUGCCUGGGAUGUCUGUUUGUGUGUGUAGGUCCCCUGCAGCCAUUUGUGUGCUACCAGGUUUCGGUGGUGUUGCUGGGAUCAGGAUGGAGCAGCAAAGCAGUGACUCAGGAGGCUUUUCUGGAGGAAGGAGGUGAAACAUGAAACAUGUUAAAGAUUGAAACAUUAAAACUUUAUUUAAACUGAGAAGCAUUUAAAACUUCAUAGUAAGUGAUAAGCAUUGUGUGUGUGUUUGUGUGUCUGUGUAUAGUUCCCCUUGCGGCCCCCUCCGUCUCUCUGGAUGGUGUACCCGGUCAUAAGGAGGUUAACCUUAAGUGGAAUCAGAUUCCAUGUGAAAAGCGACGAGGGUUCAUCACCAACUACACCAUCCACUACAGGACAGGAGCUGACACCAGAGGUACCUGCUUACCUGUUCACCUACACACCUGUUCAACAGUUUAUCGGUCGCCAAUCUUUCACACUUACCUGUUGAGCUGUAUUAUCUGACAGUGUACUUCCUGUUUAUCUGUCCCAGUUGUAACAAUCCCAGGCAGCUCCUCCUCCUACAAGCUGACCUCUCUGUCACCAGACACCACCUACGACACCUGGAUCACUGCCCACACCAUUGCAGGCUCCCACCCCGGAUCCCCCCACUCAUUCACCACACAGAAGUAUGGUGAGUGAUGCACACCACUGACAGACCUCCAACUCUCUCUUUAUAGUCACACAUCUGCACAGUAUUUAAUAGAGUAAUAUUGUUGUAUAAACAUUCAUUAUCUAUGUGAAGUAACUGUGUCUGCGUGUGAUUGUGUUUAUGUGUGUGCGCAUUUUAGGUCCUGGACAGAUUGAGUUCAUCGUGGUCGGCGCCAGUUUGGGCUUCUUGUUUAUUUUUCUGAUGGCUGUCCUGCUGUGCUUUUACAAGAGAGAUGUGUGAGUGGAUAUGACACACAUGCGUGCACACACACACACUCAUGUUUUCACCUUCAGUUUAGGUGUUGCUUUAGUUUCUUGGAUAAAUAUUUACCUGAAGUUAUAAUCAAUUGUUAUUAAUGAAGCUCUAAUCCACAUGAAUUUGAAUGACAGGCAACAGAUACACACUGAAAUAAAGUUGUGUGUCUCGUGUGUGAAGGUAAAGCUGUCUCUGUUUACACUGUUAGAUACCGGUCAACCUGAAACAGAGACGUGACAGUUAUCAGGUAGAUCACCUGGUGGAGCAGUUACCCUUAGCCUGCAGUCGGCCAUGCCCACACUCUGAUUAAAUUUCAUUUUCACAAAUGUGUCUCAGACUCUCUCUGUGUCUCUGUGUCUCUGUGUCUCAGGAUCAAGGAAAACCUUUGGCCCCAGAUCCCUGACCCUGGAGAGAGCACUAUCGGGAAUUGGUCUCCAGAUUACCCUCUAAAGGUGAGAUGGCGUGGACUCUAGGUGACAUUAGAUGCCUAACUACAAACAUCACAGACAGUUUAUUUAUUUACCUUAUUAUUUAUCACCUGUCAGAUAAUUGCUUCUGAUUGGUCAAACCUGUUUUACAAUGAUUCCUACUUCUAAAUAGAAAAGCUGAUACCAGGACCAUCCUGAUCACACAGGUUGUAAAAUAUACUGUGAGUGUUCAAAGAGGGUCUGCUGUCUCUGACUCCGCCCCUUUUUGAUAGACUGACACUAACAUUAUAUCAGAGUACCAUCAGUUAUCGGCAUGGAGGAUGUUUUAACAUCACCCUGUUUGUCUGGAGAGUGCGGGGCUUCAGAUUUGAGUUAAAUGUCUGUGCAGCCAGCAGAGAAGAGAGAGGAGAGAAUAAGAAGAGAAUAAGAGAGAGAGGUAAGAACAGGAGGAGAUCCAGAGGCAGAGAGACACCAAACAAGCUUCUAGAAAUGAUCCUGAGAGAAAAACAGAGUUCAGUUAUCAGGAAGAGCAAACACAUCUCUGCUUUUAUUCUUUUAUCAGUCAGCUGAUUAGACAGUAUUCACAUUCGAGGCUUUUAUGAAUCUCUUACAAUCAAUGAAUCAUCUUUUUUCCUCUUCAAAUUAAUGUCAUUGGUUACAUUCCACUGUUUUUAAUAAUCUGGCUCCUCCCCUUGUAGGCGGAGCCUCCCAGAGAGAGCUGUGUUUCAGGAAUCAGCGUCCUGGACAUAGACAUCGGUGAUGGGCGGAGCGUGUUUGAUGAGGAGAAGGCGGGGCUUCCUCUGAAGAAGGAUAAAUUCCUGUCUGAGGAGCACAGCAGUGGAAUCGGCGGCUCUUCCUGCAUGUCAUCUCCUCGCCAGAGUGUCUCCGACAGCGACGAGGGCGGGGACAUGGCCGACACCACCGCCAGCACUGUGCAGUACUCGUCCGUGGUCGCCUCCAGUGGGUACAAGGGUCAAACCCCUGCCCAGGCCCCGCCCACCUUCUUCUCCCGCUCUGAGUCCACCCAGCCCCUGCUAGACUGUGAGGAAAACCCUGACACCUCGCCGCAUGAGGGCAGCAGACAGUUGCAGCGCUGCAGCCGACCUGCAGGAGAGCUACGGGAGGAGCUUCAGAAUCUAGAAUUCUGCCCCCUACAGGAGGACUCAGAGAGCAACACGCCAGCCGACGACCAAUCAGAUGCUGCCUCCAGCUACAUGCCACAGCUGGGAGGGUACAGGCCGCAGUGAGGAACAAGGCCAGUCGAUGUGAGGGGUCAGUGAGGGAUGGACUCAGUGAGGGGGGGUUUCUUAGCUGUCAAGUUGCCUUCAUGUCAUGUGAUCAUUUCAGAUUUUAGAGACUGCACCUUUACUUGUUUUUGUGUGUGUCUAUGUGUGGAUGUGUGUGGGUGUGUGUGUGUGCGUUGGGCAGGAUUUGUGCCAGGGCGUGUGCUUUGUUUGUUAUCCAUGCAGCUGUACUCCCAAUGCACUAAUGCAUGUGUUAAUUUUUCUGAAUUUGAGGUAAAUUGUUGUUUAUUGAUAUGAUACUGGUCCUUUAAAUCUUGGCUCUGUACCUUUUGACUCUGAAGCUGAAGAUCAAAGUUCAAAUCCAAGCGAGCUCUUGACCUGUGGAGUUAUCGCUCCUGCCCUUGUCGGGCGAGACUCCUCUCAAGCUUUGCCCAAGUGUCGGCCCACUGUCUUUAGUUAUUUUUAAUAUCCAUUUGUUUUACUGGAGGAGAAGACAGAUUAACAAGGAUAGAAAACCCUCCUGUCAGUGUCUUAAGCAGGGAUUGAAGGCAGAUGAUCAGAACUAUACAGUCAGAAUCCACUACAGAAGGAACGCCUAAAGUCAGUACAUAUUUUCAACCAAAACAGUCAGUUCACUUGGCUUGAUAUCUUGAAAUAAGAAUGUGACAUUUAUUUGUAUUUUAGGUGUUUCUGGGUAUAUUUAUAGGUAUGUAUAUUCUGUUCUAUUUUACAUGAUAUAUUGGACCUUAACCCCGCCCCUGCCACUGUCAAUAUGCACUUAUUUGUGUUUUCCACAUUAUGAUUUGUUUUAUCUUAUUUUUUAUAACCAAUUUUUAUGUUAUAAUUGAGUGUAACUCAAAUUAAUGAUGGUAAAUGAGAGAAUCAUAAUGUGGAGAAGAAAGGAGCAGCAGGAAUUGCAGUCCAUUUCUUUAGCUUCAGAGUCAAAAGUUACUGAGCUGAGCGUAAAACUCUACAAAAAAUAAAAAAAAUAAAACUGACAAACAAGUAUCAGAAAUAAACAACAAAUGCCACUCAUUCAAUAAAAAAAUUACUUCAAAAAUAAAAAAGCAAGCAUAUAAGUUUAGAAGUCCAGCUGUGUAUUACAUACACACUGCACGUGCGCACGUAUGCGUAGAAUUAAAAUGAAUAAUCACACGAGUGUAACUACCUGCGUAUGUGCGUGCACCGUGGCACAAAUCCUGCGCAAUAGUGUGUGUGUGCGUGUGUCUGAGGCUGCAGAAGGAAUUUGUCGUAUUUUUCACAUGUUGCUUUGCACAGACUCUAAAGCAUUAUCUUUAUACUGACACACUGUGUGUGCGUGCGUGCGUGUGCGGCGCAGCAGGAUGUACUGAGUAUGUGCGUGUCAGUGAGCUGCAGCGCCCUCUGCCGGAUGUUUCAGGUCGUUGCAUGACUGACGUUUCUGUACGCUCAGGCUUGUUGAAAAGAAUCAUAGACUGAAAACAAAGACUGAGCUGACGAAGAUGAGGAGAAAGGAGAGAGGAGGAGCAGUGUGGACCCAGUGUUCAAUCAAUAAAAAACACGAUUAAAGACGACUGAAAGUCAACGUCUGUUACACAAACUGAAUCUAACCUGACAUAACUGUAAAUACAAUAAAACCACAAACUAACAACCAUCAAUACUCUGA